AUGUCUUGUAUUUGUGAAUAUUUUGUACAUUCUAAAGAUCCAGACUUGAGCUCUAGUACCACCACUGAUUCAAAACUCUCUGUAAAUCAAUUGGCUAAUAAGAAGGAAACCUCCUCCUGUGGCAGUGAUGCCUCGGCCACAGAUUUUGCAUCGGCUAAGGCUGAAAUAUGGCUAUUAAAGAAAUCCCUACGGGAAAAUCAUAUAUCCAUCGAGAAUUUAGAGAAUCUAAUUAAACUAAUGAUGGAACGACAAAAUGUUAUGCUAACGGAAAUCUAUCAUCUGAAACGUUUAAAUUAUGAGUUACGUGAAGAAUGUCGCCUGCAGAGGGAUUAUCAUUCGAUGGAACGAAAUGCUCUGUUAAGGGAAUUACACGAUAUUAGGGAGUUGCUUAGCAGUCGUUCCAAAAUGCUGGAGGAAACAAUUUUGAAAAAUGCCGAAUUAAUAAAUGCCGUACAGGAUGCAAAUGAAAAGAUCUAUAUGAUGGGUAUGAAAUAUUUGAAAAUGAAAAAUAGCAAUUGUCAGCAGUUAGCUGUGCAAGAAUAUUCGAAAUAUUCGGAUGAGUGUGAGGAAUCAUCGGAGGAGGAGGAGAAAGGGACAUCUGAUUCAGAAUCAAUGGAUUAG